UCCAACUUGGCUAUCAUCCACUGAUUAUGAGAAAACUUUAGUUUUCGUAUAUUCUAUGAAAAUCUUUUGUUCAGAAUGUUUUUCUAUUUCUUGUAUUCUCAUGCAUCACCUCUUUUUUGACAGUCCUGAGAAAAUCAAGCUGAAGCCGUCGCCAAAGAAGGGUUCAAAGAAGUUAGGCAGGGAUAGAGAUCUCUACAAGAAGAACUUUUUUCAUGCAUGUGAGUGCCUUAUUUCCUUGAUGGUUGAUAAGAGACGGCAAGGCAGAACAGCAGUUCUUUCCCUUAGGAAAUCCGAACCUGAACUUCCUCAGCUCUUGACCCAAUUCUCUGCUAGCAUUGCUGGGGCUGGUCUUGCUGUUCUCUUCUCUGCUAUUUUUAAGGUUGCUUGUGGGAGAGUUCCAUUUGGUACAUCUAAACUAUUUAGCACUGGCCUCGCCUUUGGACUAGUUUGGCUCUCGCGGGCAGUCAACCGACUUAGGGACAUGGUCGUACAUAUCAGCAAGAAUACUAGCAAGUCGGAUCCGGAGGAAGAGGAGAUGAUUAAGUGAGUGGAGAGAAGCUUAAAUCAAAUCUAUUUCAGAGCUGCGAC